GUGCCUGUCAUUUGGCACCCUGGUUCUAUAAAAGCAGUAGGGCUUCUGUGAAAAUUCACAGUUUCCAUUAAGCUGUAUUCAGUCAACAAUUUCCACUUUCAACAUGAAGGCUUUUAUUGUUGUCGCUGCUUUAAUCGCAGUUGCUGCUUCCCAAGCUGCACAACCUGCUGUACCCAUCCCCUACUCCUUUAACUACAACUCCGAAACCGAAGAUGGAGGUCGAAGUUCUCACCAAGAAUCCAGCGAUGGAUCUGGCCGAGUCUCCGGAUCUUACACCGUCAACAACAUCGAAGGCCACACUAGGGUUGUCGAAUACAUCGCUGAUGAGAAUGGGUUCAGAGCUGUCGUCAAAUCCAACGAGCCUGGAACCACCAACUUGAACCCAGCUGAUGUCACCGUUGAAUCAUCUGCCGCCUCUUCAGGCCCAGUCUUCAACAGUGCCCCUGUACCAGCACCCAAGCCUGUUGCAGCUGCAGUAGAGAGGAAGCCAGGUGUCCGAUACGUCUUGGUACCAGUCACUGACCCUAGAGCUACCGGAUAUUAUUAAAGGUUUUAAGGACUAUUAUAUUAAAUUAGCGGAAAAUAGAUUUUAUGAUAAUGGAACCGAAAAUGUGACAAUCUUCUAGUGAUUUCUGUUUUGUUUUUUAUAGUGUAUCAAAUUUAUUAAAAAAAUGUUUUGUUUUA